AAUAACAGUCAGUCAGAAUAAACAUAUGAUGGCGGAGCAACGUGAGGAAGGUGCAGAAGUGCGAUCGUUAGUUCCUAAAAAGGGGUCAUACUCAGUUGUCUGGAACUAUUUCGGUUUCGAGGAAUGUGAUGUUGAUCAGGUACGAGUCUUGUGCAAACUUUGCUCCUGUUCCGUCCAAACGUCCCAAGGUAACACAACAAACCUCAUCAACCACCUUAAAAGCCACCACAAAGUACACUAUCAAGAAUUUCAAUGACUGAAGGCACAAACAGCAACAACAAAAAAUUACCAGCCAUCCACAACACAGACAACAAUAUCAGGGACAUUGUUCAACGCAAUACCAUAUCUGCCUAGCUCGCAAAGACACCGGGAAAUAACAGAGGCGAUCACAUACCAUAUAGCCAAGGAUAUGUGUCCAAUAACCACCGUGAGCAGUGAGGGGUUUAAAAAAAUGAUCGCAACACUUGAUAAAAGAUAUAGCAUUCCCUCACGCAACCAUUUUUCCAAUGUUGCGCUGCCCUCGCUGUAUGCGAAAUGCCGAAAAGAAAUAGAAAGAGAAAUUCUCAGGCUCAGCCUUGAAUAUUUUGCUGCCACGACCAACUUAUGGUCAAGCAGAACUGCGGAACCGUAUUUGAGCUUGACAGUUCAUUUUAUUGACAGCGAGUUUGAGAUGAAAAGCAAGCUUUUGCAAACUUCGUUUUUCCCACAAGACCAUACAGCGGAGUUUAUUGCAGUGGGCCUCAAAGAAGCAAUGUCCGCUUGGGGCUUGGUGGAAGAAAGACUUGUGUGCAUCACAACGGACAACGCAGCUAAUAUGAUUAGGGCAGCAUCUGUGAAUAACUGGCCGAGGCUACACUGCUUUGGUCACAGACUUCAUUUAGCCAUCGAGAAUGCCAUGAAGGAUCCAAGAAUUGACCGGGCUGUGGGGCUCUGUAAAAAGUUGGUGAGCUCCUUCUCUUACAGCUGGAAGCGUAAGAGAGAGUUUUUAGCUGCACAAAAGGAGAUGAAACUCCCAGAGCACUCACUGAAAACAGAGUGUCCAACAAGGUGGGGAUCACGUCAGGCCAUGAUAGAGAGAAUCAUCGAGCAGCAAAAGGCCAUUGCACAUGUCCUGUCCUCUGACAAGAAGUCUCGUCAUCUUAUCCCAACAUGGCAGGACAUGGAUGUACUAGAGGCAAUCAACAAAUCCUUGCACCCUCUAGUUAAUUUUAGAGAUGCACUGUCUGGCGAGAAGUACGUCAGCGUGUCAUUUGUUAAGCCAGUUCUUCAUCUUUUCAACGUAUCAAUCUUGAAAGUUAAGGAUGAUGAUACUGACCUGUCAAGAGCAAUCAAGUCUAAAAUUUUGGAGUACCUAAACGAAAAAUAUAGUGACCCAGACAUCCAAGCUCUAUUGGACAUGGCAUCUACGGUGGAUCCACGAUUUAAGAUGAGAUACACGGCUGAGGACAACAAAACAACAAUUCAAUCCAGACUCAUAGCUGAGAUGCAGACUUUGGCAAUGAUGGUGCCACCCCAAGAAACAGCACAAGAGACCAGCGAGGAGGAUGCUGAAGCUGGAUGUGCCCCAAAGAAAAAGAUGACUUUAGGAAGCUACUUUAAAACUGCUGAACAAGCCUUGCCACCUAACAACCAGAAAUCCAGUGUAGCCUGUGAGCUGGAAUCUUACUUGCAGUCAAGCUACCUGGAUAGUGAGGGGGACCCAUUAAAAUGGUGGAAAGAACAUGAAAAGAUCUACCCAAGGCUUUCAAAAGUGGCAAAAAAAUACUUGUGCAUACCAGCCACAAGCUCUCCUUCAGAGAGGGCUUUUAGUUCCGGUGGAAAUGUAGUUACUUGCUUGCGGUCUUCCCUAAAGCCCGAACAAGUUGACAGGCUUGUGUUCUUAGCCAAAAAUCUGUAACAUGUUGUAAAAAUUUUUUAUUCUUAUUUGAUUUUAUUACAAGUUGAUGUAAAAGAGGCAGUUUAAUUUUAUUUAUUUACCACAGCUAAGAAAAAUUCUCCAUUCUAAACAUGUUCGGUUUGUUUAUUUUUCUUUAUUUGUGGCUGUAAAGUGCAAUAAGAAUACACAAGUGAAUAAAAGUUCAUUACCAAAGGAAUAAUCGUCAUUAUUAAUCGUGAUAAAAAUUUUGAGCAAAAUAAUCGUGAUAAUCAUUUUUUCUGUUAUCGUGCAGCC